AGCGUAUCUGCGUAAACUGCGUAGCGGGCGGAACCUUUAGUGUAACCGCAUUGUUGUUGAGAAGAGGAGCUGGGACAGCUGCCUUUUCUUGCUUAGAACUCUGACUUCGGCAUCACGAAUGGUUGUUUUCAGCAAGAGUGAGAAGGGCAAUCUUCAGCCGCUUGACCGCCUGGGAUACAGGGUACAUCGACCGAAUUAAACAACGCGAGGUUUUUGUCUUGAGACGCAGCUCCACUGGAACAGAUUGUGUGGAAUCACAGUCACUCCGUAGGGCUACAUCGCCAUUGCUAUCAGCUCCUGCCCUGUCUCGGGAACAAAACGUUAGAAAGUUAAAGAGGAAUUUCUUCUGAAAUGAGAAGAAAAGGGCGACAUCACAGAGCUUCCAUGGCUCGCCGUUCUACUUCUCCUUGCAACAUCAAGCAUUCUCCAACCCGGGAAACACUCACCUAUGCCCAGGCUCAACGAAUGGUAGAAAUGGAAAUCGAUGGCAGAGUACAUAGAAUCAGUAUUUUUGACUCUUUGGAAAUAAUUUCUGAGGAUGACAUUACAGCACAAGAGCUUACAGAAUGUAAUAGCAAUAAAGAAAACAGUGAACAGCCACAGGUUUUGGUGAGAUCUAAAAGGCUAAAAAACAAUAAUUUAAAAAAGAACAAUGUAGCAGUGCCAAACGUGCAUGGGGGACAAGCAACAUCUAGUGCACUUCCAGAACCUAAAAUUCGAAUUGUGGAAUACAACCCUCCUGUUGCUCCUCGGAGACCGCCUUCUUAUUACACAUUUAUUGAAAAAUCUUCUGAUGAGCUUGACAAAGAAGUGGAAUAUGAUAUGGAUGAAGAAGACUAUGCAUGGCUGGAACUAAUUAAUGAGAAACGUAAAAGUGAAGGAUUGAGUGUUGUGUCUCAAAACGUUUUUGAAUUUCUCAUGGACAGAUUUGAGAAAGAGUCAUUUUUUGAGAGCCAGAAUCAGGGGGAUCCUCAGUCUCUUAUUGAUGAAGAUGCAGUGUGUUGCAUAUGCAUGGAUGGAGAGUGCCAGAACAGUAAUGUAAUUUUGUUUUGUGACAUGUGUAAUUUAGCAGUUCACCAAGAGUGUUAUGGAGUGCCAUAUAUCCCAGAAGGACAGUGGCUUUGUCGACACUGUUUACAGUCUCCUAACCAGCCAGUUGAUUGUGUACUUUGCCCAAAUAAAGGUGGUGCUUUUAAAAAGACAGAUGAUGACCGAUGGGGACAUGUUGUCUGUGCUCUUUGGGUGCCUGAAGUGGGUUUUGCUAAUACAAUUUUUAUUGAACCGAUUGAUGGUGUAAGGAACAUACCACCUGCAAGGUGGAAAUUAACUUGUUAUCUUUGUAAGCAGAAGGGACUGGGAGCCUGUAUCCAGUGCCAUAAGGCAAACUGUUACAUUGCAUUUCAUGUGACUUGUGCUCAGAAAGCAGGCUUAUACAUGAAAAUGGAGCCUGUUAAAGAAGUAACAGACACUGGAACAACUUUUUCAGUUAAAAAGACAGCCUAUUGUGAUUCACAUACUCCCGCAGGUUGUACUAGAAGGCCAUUAAUGAUUUAUGAAGAAAGUGAGACUAAAAAUGGCCUUUGUCAGAAAGGUGAAAAAAGUGGUAGAACUCCUUUAAAAGGCAGGCAGAAAAGCAAGAAGAGUAAAAAGGGUUCAACAGAACCAACCAGUUCUGUUCCUUCAAAGUCUGUUCCUUGUAUUCCUCCUCAAAGGUUGAACACAAUUCUUAAUCAGAUUGCUGUGCAGCGUAAGAAAUUAUUUAUUGAACGUAUUUUAAGCUAUUGGUCACUGAAAAGACAGUCCAGAAAUGGUGUUCCAUUAUUGAGGCGAUUACAGUCCAGUUUGCAGUCACAACGGACUUCUCAGCAGAAAAAGGAUGAUGAAGAAAGCAAGGCUUUAAAAGAGCAGUUAAAAUAUUGGCACAGGCUUCGUCAUGACCUUGAGAGAGCACGCUUAUUGGUUGAAUUGAUAAGAAAAAGAGAAAAGUUAAAAAGAGAAGAGAUCAAGCUUCAGCAAGUUGCUCUUGAGCUGCAGCUAACUCCUUUCACUGUUCUUCUGCGAUCAGUUAUUAAUCAGCUUGAAGAAAAAGAUCCGGCUAAGAUAUUUGCCCAACCAGUUAACCUCAAAGAGGUCCCUGAUUAUUUGGAUCAUAUUAAACAACCUAUGGAUUUUUCUACAAUGCGAAAAAGAAUAGAAGCCCAGGGAUAUAAAAAUCUUGAUGAGUUUGAAGAAGAUUUCAAUGUUAUUAUUGAAAAUUGUAUGAAGUACAAUGCUAAAGAUACAAUAUUUUAUAGAGCAGCUGUUCGAUUAAGGGAUCAAGGAGGUGCUGUUCUAAGACAAUGCCGGCGGCAUGCUGAACAAUGUGGAUUUGAUAAUGAAACGGGAAUGCACCUAUCUGAACCACCAAAGAUUGAAGACCCCCCUCCAUUCACUUGGGAAGAUGUGGAUAAGAUUCUGAAUCCAGCAAAUCGAGAACACAUGACACUAGAAGAUCAACUUAAAGAACUGCUUGAAAAAUUUGACUUAACAUGUGCCAUGAAAUCUAGUGGCUCUCGGAAUAAACGCAUCAAGUUGUUAAAAAAAGAAAUAUGCAAGGUCCGAGAGGAAAUUAGUUUUUUAAAGUCUCAUACCAUAAAAUCUGAAAUAAAUAAAAUUUCUGUGGAAGAGAACAGUUCAUUGGUAGAAGAGAUUCUAGAAGAAGAUGGGGACAAGUCCUUGCCGCCAACGCUAGAACCAUCUGAUUCUUUGCCGCCUUUAAAUUCUGACAGCAAUUCAGAACCACCUACACUCAAGCCAAUUGAACUUAGUCCUGAGAACAAUAAAUUAUAUAAAAGAGUUAAGUUUGAUAAUGAAAAAGGAGGUGGAAUUUCCCCAUUAAAAGAAAGUUUAAAUGGACAUACUCAAGAACAUUUGCCUAAAGACAGUGAUGUCAGUAUGUUGGCCCCAUCAGCUUUUGCAGAAUCUUCAAUUGAUGUCAACAGACGUACAUCUGUGCUCUUUCGAAAAUCUAAAAGUGUAAGUCCACAAAAACCUGGAAAAGUAACUGAUGUUCAGCCUAGUUCACCUCAACUAGGGACCAAAACAUUUCUGUCGGUGGUUAUUCCAAGAUUGGAGACUCUACUUCAGCCACGAAAAAGAUCCCGGAGUGCUUGUGGUGACAGUGAAGUAGAAGAAGAAUCUCCUGUGAAACGAUUUGACACAGGGCUUACCAAUGGCUUUGGAAAUGAGGAUCUCAAAGAUCUUGCUCAAACGCGAAAACUUGAACCCCGUCGCAGAUGUGCUUCAGAGUCCAGUAUUUCUUCUAGUAGUAGCCUUUUAUGCAACACAAGGUUGACAACCCUUGCAGUCGACCCUAUUACAACACUCGAGUUGUGUUCCCGGAAAAUCAAGUGGAAUGCUGGAAACUGUAUAAGACCUUUAAGCUUGACCAUUCCAAAAGUUGGGAAAGGAAAACCAGCGUUAGUUAAAAAAAAUCCUGUUGACGAUAAAAAUGAAUUGAUUGCUUGCAUUGAAACGGGCAACUUUGCCAAAGCAGCACGCAUUGCAGCAGAUGUUGGCCACAAUAAUAUAUGGAUGCCUGCAAAUGCUGCAACUGUUGUCCUGGAACCACUUAAACUAGUUUGGGCCAAGUGUAGUGGAUACCCCUCUUAUCCAGCCCUAAUAAUAGAUCCGAAAAUGCCUCGAGCUGGAUGUCAUCAUAAUGGAGUGUCAAUUCCAAUACCCCCUUUAGAUGUUUUGAGAAUUGGAGAGCAAAUGCAAUACAAGUCUGGAGAAAAGCUUUUCCUUGUACUCUUUUUUGACAACAAACGAAGCUGGCAGUGGCUUCCAAAAUCCAAAAUGGUUCCACUUGGAGUUGACAAGACAAUUGACAAGAUAAAAAUGAUGGAGGGUCGGACAUCAAGCAUUCGCAAAGCUGUAAAAACUGCAUUUGAACGAGCAAUGAACCAUCUGAGCAGAGUACAGGGUGAAUCAGUUAGUGAUUUUAGUGAUGUUGAUUAACAUGGUUCUGAUAUGGCUUUUACAUUACUUCUUUAUAGCAUUUUCAUAGUGGGCUAAAAUUUCACCCUUAGUGAAAGUGCUGUAGGUGUUGAGUCUUAUUUGUUUAACCCUACAGUUGCCCAAGAAAAAGCAGUACAAAAUUGUUCACUGCCAUUGAGGCUGUAAAAUACUGUACUUAAUAAUUUUAACACCGAGUGUGUAUAUGUAUAUAUUUAUAUAUGUGUGUGUCUCUGUGUAU